AUGAAUAAAUAUUUGUUUGUCAAGAUAAAAUGAACGUUACUACCAUCUUCAAAAAGAAAGUUUGAUGUCAAGCUAGUCUAACCUGUUGCUAAAAAAGCAAGUGGAUUCUCCUAAUCCUUUAAUUUGAUUAUUGUCAAAGUGUCUUACCUCACAUUCAGUUCACAUUAUGAUCUCUAACUAUUGACAGAAGACAGCAAAAUGGUUUUACUUUUGACAUUUUUCUGCUUAAUGAGUGUUGCACAUGUAACGGGAAAGCAAAAGAUAAAUUCAGAAAAUAUAACACGGAUCUUAGACCGACUUCUUGAGGGCUAUGACAAUCGACUACGACCAGGUUCUGGAGUCUCUGUUACUGAGGUAAAAACAGACAUAUUUGUCACAAGUUUUGGACCAGUUUCUGAUGUUAAGAUGGAGUUCACAAUGGAUAUGUUUUUCCGUCAAAUGUGGGUUGAUGAGAGGUUAGCGUUUGAUGGUCCAAUUGAAAUCCUUCCUUUAAACAACCGCAUGGUGGAGAAGAUCUGGACACCUGACACAUUCUUUCGUAAUUCAAAGAGGUCUCUAUUACACAACAUGACCUCACCAAACAAGCUGUUCCGCAUCAUGCAAAAUGGAACAAUCUUUUACACCAUGAGACUAACCGUGAGUUCAGAUUGUCCAAUGCAGCUGAGGGACUUUCCUAUGGAUGGACACGCAUGUGCUCUUCUGUUUGGAAGCUAUGCUUAUACUAAUCGUGAAAUUAUCUACACAUGGAGGAAGGGUCUCGAGGGGUCUAUAGAUGUGCCACCUGAGUCUUCAAGCUUGCUCCAGUAUGAUCUUGUACGACACACAUUGUCCAGUCAAACCUACAAGUUCAGCACAGGACUGUAUUCUGUCCAGGUUGUCCAUUUUUAUCUCCAGAGGAAGCUCGGCUACCAUCUAAUCCAGACGUACAUCCCACUGAUUAUGGUGGUCGUUCUGUCUCAAGUCUCGUUUUGGAUCAACAAGGAGUCUGUGCCUGCUCGUACGGUGGCAGGUAUCACCACCGUCCUCACUAUGACCACCCUCAGCAUCAGCGCCCGCUCCUCACUGCCUAAGGUCUCCUACGCCACCGCCAUGGACUGGUUCAUCGCCGUCUGCUUUGCCUUCGUGGCUUCGGCUCUCGUCGAAUUUGCGGCUGUGAAUUACUUCGCCACACUGGAGGCCAACAGGGAAAAACGGCGGGUCUCCAAGACCUCCAUUCCAGACUCUACAGCCCAAGGAAGCGAUGAUGAGCCGGAGACGCCUCCAUCUGAUAACAGUGGAUUAAGCCGUAGGAGAACGGCAAACUCUGUGUUAGAGGCGCCCAAGACUCGCUAUCCCAUCUUCUUUCAGGGCUCUGCCGUCCCACCCAACAUGAUGCUGGCAGGCACCAGUGCCAUAGACGCAUAUGCACGAGUACUUUUUCCUCUGGCCUUUGGUAUCUUCAAUCUUUUCUACUGGUUUUUCUACCUCACCAAGGACACCAUGGAAGAGGCCAGGUUUGUUCACUUGUUACUCAUUCACAUAUGGAGCUGAAGUGUAGCUUAAAGGUGCGUUCACAUUAAAAUCUUAACUAUAACGCUAAUAUAAACAAUAUUUGUGUCCACAUCAGCGGACGAUAACAUUAUGUUAACAUUAUUUUCUCAUAGCCGUUGUUGAUGUUCAAAUCAACAAAACAGACUCACCCCUACCUCCAUCUUUUGCUGUCAUCAGCGCUCGGUUCAGGCUAAUGUCCAUCCUGUGCACUGUGCACCUUACUGCUGAUUGGCUACAAGGUUUUUUUGGUACUCGGGCCAACUUUGCUUAACAAGCUUAAU